ACCCCCAUGUACAUCUUCCUUAGGCACCUGUCCGUCCUCGACCUCUGCCUCAUUUCCGUCACCGUCCUCAAAUCCAUCCUCAACGCCCUGACAGACUGCAGCUCCAUCUCCUUCCCGUCCUGUGUCACUCAGCUCUUUCUAGUGAUUCUGUUUGCUGCCUCCGAGAUGUUCAUCCUCACAGCGAUGUCCUACGACCGCUACAUCGCGAUCUGCCGUCCCCUUCACUAUGAGGUCGUCAUGAACCGAGGGGCCUGUGGGAAGAUGGCCGCCGCGUCCUGGCUCACCGGGAGUCUGUUUGGAGUCUUGCUUUCGGCUUCGACCUUCUCCCUGUCCUUCUGCGGGUCCCACGUAGUCCCCCAGUUCUUCUGCGAUGUCCCCUCCCUGUUAACGAUCUCCUGCUCCGAGAACCACAUCGCCAUUGAUGUGAGUGGUGCUAUUGGUUCCUGUUUAGGUAUUGUGUGCUUGGUCUCCAUCAUUGUGUCAUAUGCCUACAUCUUCUCCACCGUGCUGAGAAUCCCAACUGCCGAUAGUCGGUCAAAAGCCUUCUCCACUUGCCUGCCUCACAUUUUGGUGGUCACCAUGUUUCUCACGACGUCUGCCUUCGAUCACCUCAAGCUGCCAUCAGACACUUCCCAGACCAUGGACCUGCUCGUGUCCAUGUUCUACACCGUGGUGCCCCCAGCCCUGAACCCCCUCAUCUACAGCCUGAAGAACAGGAACGUGAAGGCUGCCCUGUGGAAAUUACUAGCCAACAGCGUCGAGGACCGACGAAAUGGAGUGAGCCUCUCUCAGCAGAGGUCGAUGUUCCCCGGCCGAGGACAGGCCCGGAAUCUGCCUGUCUUCGACCUCUGGCUCAUUUCCGUCAUAGUCCCCCAGUCCAUCUCCACCUCCCUUUCCAACCGUAGAUCCAUUUCCUUCCUGUACUGCUUGCCGGUUCAGAGCGUCAUCUCAUACGUUCGUAUCUUCCAGGCUGUCCUGAGGAUGCCUGCCGCUGAGGGACGGGGCAAAGCCUUCUCUGCCUGCCUGCAUCACCUUUCCGUCACGACGGUGUCUUUCACCACAGCUGCCUUCGGUAACUUACAUCCACCGUCAGACUCCUCCUUAGAGCUGGACGUUUUGGUAUCCGUGUUCUACUCUGUGAUAAAGCAGUCUCUGCUCCGAGGGGGAUCCCUGGAUGACUGGCUUGGGCCGCUGUGGAGGGACCUCGUGGGACAGGCGACGCGCAAACCCUCUGGUCACAUGGUUCCUGAGGUCCUGCAGAGAUAA